UUCACGAGGAGAAACCAAGUUUAAGCAAACCCACUCUCUACCUCGUCUUCUCCCUAAUAAACGCCCCCAAAUCCUCCUCCUCAAACCCCAUCCCCUACCUCCGGCGGCCGCACCUCCCAACUCCGGCGACAUGGGCACCGUCACUCCCGCCGAUCCGCACCCCGCCUUCCUCGCCGACAAGGGCGGCAAGGUCUUCCUCGCGGGCCACCGGGGCCUGGUGGGCUCGGCCAUCCACCGCCGCCUGCUCGCGCUGGGCUUCACCGACGUGGUCGUCCGCACCCACGCCGAGCUCGACCUCACCCGCCAGGCGGCCGUCGAGGCCUUCUUCGCCGCCGAGCUGCCCCGCUACGUGGUGCUCGCCGCCGCCAAGGUCGGCGGCAUCCACGCCAACUCCACCUUCCCCGCCGACUUCAUCGCCGCCAACCUCCAGAUCCAGACCAACGUCGUCGACGCCGCGCUCCGCUGCGGCUCCGUCCGCAAGCUGCUCUUCCUCGGCUCCUCCUGCAUCUACCCCAAGUUCGCGCCGCAGCCCAUCCCCGAGGACUCCCUCCUCUCCGGCCCGCUCGAGCCCACCAACGAGUGGUACGCCGUCGCCAAGAUCGCCGGCAUCAAGAUGUGCCAGGCCUACCGCAUCCAGCACGGCCUCGACGCCGUCUCCGCCAUGCCCACCAACCUCUACGGCCCGCAGGACAACUUCCACCCGGAGAACUCCCACGUCUUGCCGGCGUUGAUCCGCAGGUUCCACGAGGCCAAGGCCACCAAUGCCGCCGAGGUCGUCGUCUGGGGCUCUGGCUCGCCUCUGCGUGAGUUCUUGCACGUCGAUGACCUCGCUGAUGCCGUCAUCUUCCUGAUGGAUCAGUACUCUGGGCUGGAGCAUGUCAAUGUGGGUAGUGGAAGCGAGGUCACCAUUAAGGAGCUUGCUGAGCUGGUCAAGGAGGUGGUCGGCUUCCAGGGGAAGCUCAUUUGGGAUUCAACCAAGCCCGACGGCACGCCAAGGAAGCUCAUGGAUAGCUCCAAGAUACAGGCGAUGGGGUGGAUGCCCAAGGUUCCCCUCAAGGAAGGGCUUGUCGAGACGUACAAGUGGUAUGUGGAGAAUGUCAUCGCCGACAAGAACAAGUAACACUGCUGCUAUUCAUGUUCAGCAUUGCUUUUGACAAACAGCUUGUAUCAUGAUAUGAUCAGUAGUGUUUCUAUUCUUGUUGGUUACUGGAUCACACAAUUACAAGGUACAAGAGGAUCACAGAAAUAGAAGAGGUUAUUUUGUGUUGGUUGAAUAAUGUAUGGAUCCCUCAAAUUAGUGUACCAUAAGAAUCUUAAUUCAUGUUGAGCAUAAUUUAUUGUUUACAGAGAAUGGAACACUUUAUACAUUGUAUAAUAUCUAGUCUAUACACAAUCCCUUGCCCGUUCA